CGGUGCGCGUGCUCUACCACUGAGCCGCGUUAAUAUCAGAAUUACAGCUACUUGUUACCGAACCUGUGGUGUUGGCAAGCAAAGUAAAAAGGUUUGGAGCAGAGCCGCGGUUUGAAGCCUGGCUUAGACGUUCUGGGCUGACUUUCUCUGACUUUUUAAAACAUUCUUUGGAGAGCCACUCCCAUGGCGGAGCGGAGCAGCCGGACGACCCAGCUCCUUCUCCAGUACGGACACGAGGAGAGCUCGUUUCCAGGUUUUGCUGAAUCGUUUUGACAUCCCCUCCAGUGGAAUGCGGUUUGGAGAGUUUCUGACGGAAUAACCUGGAAUUCGUCGACCUGGCCAGCUUCUACCGUCUGUUGAAGAGAAGGAAACACCUGAACGGACACCUGCGUGACCGGACAACACUUGAGCUGUAAGGUGAAUCCUGGUGGCCUUCAGGCCCCAUCAUGUCUUCUCACCUCCUCGCAUCCAGACCAUCGUCUCUAAGGCUAAUGCUGUGUUUCCUGCUCAGUAUCUUCCUGCUGCUGUCCUCAGGAGUUCAUGGCCAGGGUCGUCUGAAGCUGACCGUUCUGUCUGAGGACCGAUUGCAGAUGAAGUGGAAGGAGGCCGAUGGUCCCGUUCAAGGAUACAAAGUUCGGGUCAGAACAAUGUCAGAAGAGCAGCAACCAGAGCUGAUGCUGACCACCACCCGAGGCCGAGCAACAGUGGCGGGACUGGACUCCAGUCAGGAAUACUCCCUCCAAGUCUUCGUUCUGAACGGGACGGCGGAGAAGCUUCUGGCAAAAAGGCGAUUUACCUUGGAGGGUCUGCGAGAGGAGGAGAUGAUCCGCAGCGGUAGCCGUGAGAACCGUAGGAAGUUGAUCCCAGGUGGGUCGGGCUCAGGGGACCUGGACGAUUCGACAGCUGUUCUGCUGGACCUGCCAACAGUUCUGUUUCCAGACCCCACUCUCACCACUGCUGCCACCAUCACAACUGCAGAGCCCUCAGCCACAGAAAGCGCUUCCGAAUACCCUGAUGAGCCCCCUGAGAAAAGCACCAGAGAGAAGAGGAAGAGGAAGAAAGACAAGGAGCGGCAUAGUUCCACGGUGGAAAACAAGGAGGAGCAUGGGAUGAAACAGGGCUUUCCCCAGAGGAAGCCAUAUGAGUGUGAGAGUGACGCGGCAGCAGACAUCAUGCUGUUGGUUGACGGCUCCUGGAGCAUCGGACGCACCAACUUCAGGCGGGUCAGAGACUUUCUGGAGGGUCUGGUGACGCCUUUCAACAUUGGACCAAACCACAUUCAAAUCGGGCUGACCCAGUACAGCGGAGACCCUCGCACUGAGUGGCACCUCGGUAACUUCACCACGAAAGAGCAGCUGUUGGAGGCAGUGAGGAAUUUCAGAUACAAAGGAGGAAACACAUUUACAGGACAGGCACUGCUCCACGUCAUGGAGGAAAACAUGAAGCCUAAGGCAGGAGCGCGAGCCAGUGCACCAUUUUUCCUGGUUCUGUUGACUGAUGGGAAGUCUCAGGAUGAUGCCAUUGCAGCAGCUAACCGGCUGAAGAAUGCAGGCGUGGAAAUCAUCGCUGUAGGUGUGAAAAAUGCUGACGAAGCUGAAUUGAGGCAGGUGGCAUCAGAGCCAGUUGAUCUGAACGUCUACAACGUAAAUGAUUUCCCCCUGCUCAGCAAGCUGGUCGCUCGGCUGGUUCACAUUCUGUGCAGGAGGAUAGAGGACCGUGGCAUCUCAAAACGAAUGGAGCCUGCACCCACCACACAACCAGGCCUCUCCUUUCCCAGUCCUACUGAUCUGAGGUUUUCCCAACUUGGAUCCAGACAAGUGAAGCUGCACUGGACCAAUCCUGUCCAGACCGUCCAGCAGUACAGAGUGGUUUACCACAGUGCUGAGAGUCAGAGUCCACAGGAGGUGGUUUUAUCUGGCUCUGAAUCCACUGUUCUGCUCGAUGGCCUCUCCUCUCAGACUCUCUAUCACAUCUCCAUAUUUCCUGUGUACACCAGCAGCGUUGGCUUGGCCCUCAGAGGAACUGUCACUACAUUGCCUCUGGUUAUGCCAUCCAACUUGGAAGUGACUCCCUCCUCUUACAGCACUUUGCAAGUAAGUUGGAGUCCAGCUCCUGGUGCAACUGAUUACAUGAUCCUAUACUCAGCACUCAGCGACGGAGAGCCUGAAGAUGCAAAGGAGGAGAAAUUCAGUGCAGGCCAGACAGUGGUGGAGCUGGCAGGCUUGCAGCCAGAAACAGACUACUCUGUCACUCUUUAUGCUCUCUAUGAUGAAGAGCCCAGUGAUCCAGUCACUUCAGUCUCCCGCACACUACCCCUCCCAGCUCCAGUUGGAAUUCACUUCCCGAUUGUAACCCACAGCAUGAUAAAGGUGAGCUGGGUCCCUGGUGCUGUGGAUGUCCCAGGCCACAGAAUCACCUACAGCACCAAUCACGGUAGUGACAUUAAGCAGAUGGAGGUAAAAGGCCAGAACUCUGUGGUGCUGCAAAGCCUUUCAUCUCUGUCCCGAUACCUGGUUUCAGUCCAGUCCCACUACCCACAAGGCCUGUCUGCCACACUCACCAGUAACGUCACAACACUGAAGGUGCCUUCUCCAUCAGAUCUCAAGGUGACUAAUUUCUCGGGCAGUGAAAUUACGGUACGCUGGGCGGCAGCAGCAGAUGAUGUGGUCUAUUACCUCAUCAAAUGGAUCUCUUUAAGUGAAGGAGACCUGAGGCAGCUGAAGGUGAACGGAGACAAUGAAGGAGCGAUCCUGGAGGGAGUGGAGGAGGAUAAAGAAUACCAGAUCUCUCUGUCUGCACUUUAUGGAGAUGGAGCUCAGAGUGAGGCUGUGGCCAUUCGAUACAGUACCUUGUCAGGCGGAGGCCCCUCCAGUCUAUCUGUGUCAGAAGAAACUGCAGUUAGCAUGUUGGUCAGCUGGGUGCCUCCAAAUGCUCACGUCCUCCAGUACCGGGUUUCUUACACACCACUGACCGGAGCUGAGACCCAGGAUGGAACUGUGUUGGUCCCUGGUGGUCAUAAGCAGGUGGUGCUGGAGUCAUUGCAGCCAGAUACACGUUAUAGCAUCUUAGUCACUGCAGAGUAUCGCAACAAAGAAGGAGGCAGCGGCUCAGCUCAAGGCAAAACCGCCAGUCUGCGUGUGAGCAGCAUAAGCGUCGUCAGAUCGGACCACUCCAGUAUCUGUUUGUCCUGGAGGCCCGUGUUGGCGGUUGAUGGGUACCGUGUUGUCAUGCAGUCAGUUAAAGACAAGCAAAUAAAACAGGAAACUGUGGAUGAGUCCACCAACAGCUACUGCUUCAACCACCUGGAACCUGAAACCCUGUAUCGUAUCAGCGUGCAUUCGCUUCUCGGCUCUGCAGAGGGCGCUGCCGUCUCCAUUCUCCAUCCUACAGCUCCAGCUCCAGCCAGAAUUCCCAUUCCUCCUCGGAUAUAUCCUGUACACAAUGAAGUUUGUCCUGAAGUCACCAUCCAGAACGGCAUCGUUAAAGGUUUUAACAUGAUGGAAGUGUUUGGUCUGACGCGGAAAGCUCACUCAUCAGUGGAGGGAGUGGCAGCCGAGCCCUUUGUCUUCAACAAUCUGCCUGCCUACACCGUGUACAGAGAUGUGCAACUGACACAGAGCACCAAGUUUAUUCACCCUGCAGGUUUCUCUCCAGAGCACACCAUCAGCAUCACUUUUCGCCUGCUGCAGGAUACACCAAAGGAAGCCUUUGCUCUCUGGCAGCUCACUGACAAUGACUUCCAGCCAAAGAUGGGAGUUGUGAUUGACCCUUCUAGCCAACAUCUGAUGUACUUCAGUCUGGACUACAGGGGAGAAGUGCAGGAGCUCACCUUUGAUCAGCCACAGGUCCACAAGAUUUUCUAUGGAAGUUUUCACAAGGUUCACCUGUCUGUCAGCCAGGUGAGCGUCUCCCUGUCUGUGGACUGUCAGCCUGUUGGUGAAAGGCCAGCUCGCCCUCUGGGAAACCUGCCCACCGAUGGAUUCGAGAUGCUGGGAAAACUGGUGAAAACCAGAGGACCUAAAAGCGGCUCAGCCCCGUUCCAGCUACAGUCCUUUGAAAUCAUCUGUAACAACACAUGGGCUUCAUUGGAUACUUGUUGUGACCUGCCUGGAGUGAGGGAUGAGGAGAGCUGCCCUGCUCCACCGUACGCAUGUACCUGUUCCUCCAACGUUCAAGGAGCUCCAGGACCCCCUGGACCAAUUGGGAAACCAGGUCCUCGAGGGGACAAAGGUGAUAAGGGAGAACAGGGCUCAAAGGGAGAGGUGGGCCCCCCAGGGAAGGCUGGAUUUGAGGGGGGUCUUGGACCUGUGGGCAGCAUUGGACCCCGAGGCCUAACAGUUCAAGGCAAAAUUGGUCCACCAGGAGCAAGGGGAGAAAAAGGAGAUCCUGGCAGACCAGGAGUGCAGGGUUCACCUGGACCUCCAGGUCCAAAGGGAGAAGAGGGGAUCCCAGGCCCCAGGGGUAUCAGAGGUGUGGAGGGAAACAUUGGUUCCCCGGGCAUUACGGGAACCAGGGGUUUCCAAGGACUUCCAGGAUACCCAGGACCUGUUGGAGAGAGGGGUCCCUCUGGACCUGUUGGACCAACGGGUCUGCCGGGAAAUAAAGGGGAACGAGGUGAAAAGGGGGAACCGCAGUCUAUGGCCAUGAUCUAUCAGCUGGUGACACAGGCCUGUGAACAACUAGUUCACAAGGAGGUUUUGAAGCUUGACAUGUACAUCAAUGAGAUUAGUCGAAAGCCCGUUCCUAUUGAGGAGCCGGUGGGGCCCCCAGGAGAGCCUGGUAUACCAGGGUCCAGGGGCCCACCUGGUGCCAGGGGCAACCAGGGGAAUGUUGGCUCAAGAGGGAGACCUGGGAGGCCAGGGUAUCCAGGAGAGCAAGGUCGGAGAGGAAUCCCUGGAGAAAAAGGAAGUUUGGGGAAUAAUGUCCAGGGGCCCUCAGGAAUUAAAGGGUUGGCAGGUCCUCCAGGGGAGUCCAAGCCAGGGGUCCCAGGUCCAAAAGGAAACGACGGCAAACCAGGGCCACCAGGGACCACUGGGAGUUUGGGUCAGCCAGGAGAGAUUGGACCACGGGGCAUAUGUGACAGCAGUGGAGGCUGUCGAAAUAUUCCCCAACAAACAGAAGACCCUUAUUACGGCUACCAACCCUGAGAAGAGAAAGCAAGCAGUCACCAAUAAAAUGACUCUCCUUUAGAGCUGAGCAGAAGCACGCUUACCAGUCACCCUGUUCCAGUCUCCAUUUUGUUUGAAAUCUCCAGAAAAAUGAACCUAAGAUGAAUCAGAGAGCUUUCCAGUAUAAACCAGAAUAACUGUCUAUAAUAAAGAAAUCUCAGUUGGA